AUGUAUUUAAUAUUUUCAAUUUUUUAUUUAAUUAUUUUAUUUAAUAAUAAUUUAUUAUUUGCAAAAGAAGAGGAUUUAUUUAAAGAAGAAUCAUUAGAAGAAAAAAUAGAUGAAGAAAAAUCAGUUUUUAGUUCUUCUCGUUGUUGGAGUAAUUCUAAUGGACAAAAUGAACGUUGGAUAAAUGAAGGGGAAAUUGUGGAUAGAGGAAAAUAUUGGUAUUUAUGUUCUGGUGGAAAGCUUGUCCCAGCUGGAUGUAUUGAUGAAAAAGAAAAAAGAAUUCCUUUAAACAAAACAUUUAUUAACGGCAAUUUUCUUGUUGAAUGUAUUUUGUGGGCUAAUUUAAUUAAAAUAAAAACUGUUGGAUGUUUAGAUAAUGAAAAUAAUAAAACUUUUUUUGUUGGAGAAAAUUGGAUAAAUGGAGAGUUUUUGUGGGAAUGUGCUUGGGAGGGUAUUUAUUUAAAAAAGAGACAAAAAAGUUGUGUUUUUAAUGAAACAAAAAUAAUAAAUGUUGGUGAACAAAAAAUUGAAGGAAAAACUGUUUAUGAAUGUCAACAAAGUGAAUAUGGAUUAUUAAAUUUAGUAGCUAUUGAGUGUAUUUCUGGUGAUGGAAAAAAAUAUAAAAUUGGGAAACAAUGGACGGAAGGAGAUUUUAUUUUUUAUUGUAAAAAAAGAAUUGAUUCUUCAAAUUGUGAAAAAACAUGUAUUGGUUGUUUUCAUAAAAAUCAAAAUUUAUUUGAUGGAGAUCGUUUUCAAUUAAAUGAAACUGUUUUUCAAUGUGAAAUACGUCCAAAAAGGCAUUUAUUAAAGCCUGUUGGUUGUGUUUCUGAAGGAAGAAUAGAAAGGGUUGUUAAUUGUAAAUGGGAAGAUAAUCAACAACACCCCCAUCCCCAACAAUCAACAGAAUUAACAACAACAAAUUAUAGAGUACAACGUCAAUGUAUUAUUAGAAAAGGUCGGGCAAUUAUAGAAAAUCUUGGAUGUGUUUAUGUAAAUAAUGGAAUUAAACGUUUAUUUCUUCGUCCAGAAACAUACACAAUUUGGAUAGAAGAAGAAAAAGAAAAACAAAAAAAUACUAAAAUAGCAAUUGCUUGUAUUACAGAAAAUAAUCAACAAAUUUUAUAUAAAUUUAAUUUGGAAGAAAUUGAAAAGAAAAUUAAAUUAUUUAAAUUAAAAUUUGAUGAAAGAACCUGGUAA